CUUAGUCAAUCAAAAUCAAAUCAUCAAUGAGAAUCUUCACUUCACAGUACUCCUAGCUCUUACUAUAACUCACUCUAGCUUCGAUCAACGUGUUGCCGUCACUUACAUAUAUUGUACGGCCUACAUCGAUCUUUUUACUAAGUUAAGAUAAAAUAAUGGGGAACUGUCAAGCUGCGGAAGCGGCAACGGUGGUAAUAGUGCAUCCAGGAUAUAAAGUAGAACGGAUUUACUGGUCAGUUAGUGCUCGUGACGUCAUGAAUUCAAACCCCGGUCAUUACGUGGCACAAGUCUUGAAUAAAUCCCCGGUAGCUAAGUCGGAUAAUGGGUUGCCUGUUAAGCAACUCAAGCUGCUUCGUUCAGACGAUACUCUGCUUAUUGGCCAAGUUUAUCGACUCAUUACCUACCAAGAUGUGUUAAAAGAAUUUGCUGCCAAGAAAUGCAUGAAGCUAGGGAAGUUGUUGAUGGAAAGAGGAGUGCUUGAAAUAAGCAAAAAUAAGGAUCAGACAGCCAAUAAUGCUCCAGUGCUGGCAUCAAAAACUAAUUUAGUCAAGAACCACAGCAAUGGUGUCAGCAGAAGACUAAAUGGUGGCAGGCAUCAAAGUCAUGGUGGAAGACAAUGGAAACCAGCCUUAAAGAGUAUUUCAGAGAUUGGAAUCUGAAUAAAUUCUUAUCUUGUAGUCGUGUUGCAAUUAAUAAGAAAAUUCCCUUCUAUAUUGACCAUUGUUUGUGUCAUUUUUAACUAAUAGUUAUUGUCUGUGUAAAAAGUGAGAUACUCAACUAAUU